GCACGUGUAUGCAUGCUUUUGUGUCACUGUGUAUGUGUAUAUAUAUACUCAGCUUCGGAGUAUGAUGCUUCUGUAGUUCAGUUUACUUGUGUCCAAAUGUCAAAACCUCUCAAGUUCCUUCUUUGGUCAUCUCUUGCUCUAUUGCUUCUUCAGAUAGGUUCUGGGGCAAUAUGUGAGAGCAAAAGCAGCGAACCAGCGGUGAGGCAGACACAGGUGAAGUGGAGAGAAGGAAAGAUGUUCAGAGUGGAGGUAAUGAACAAAUGUCCCAUGUGUCCAAUCAUCAACCUUCGUCUGAAAUGUCAAGGAUUUCCUCAGACGCUUGUGGACCCCACACUCCUCCGCGUUCUCUCCUCUUCCACCGGAAACUGUGUCGUCAACGAUGGCCUGCCGCUGAGUCCUAUGCAGACUCUCUCCUUCAACUACUCCAACUCACACCAGUUUGCUCUGCGCCCUCUUUCUUGGUCUUUUCAGUGCGAGUAAAUCAAUAAGUUAGUUAAGUCAAUAAAAUGUUCAUCAUCAAUCUGCUGGUUUUCUUUGUAUUAUCUAUAUAUAUCAGACCUUUUUUUUUUUUU